AUAAAAGUGCUGUGUGAUUGUAGUCCGCUGUCAGAUACAAUAGCGACAGUCAAUAUGAAGUUGGCGAGCAGACAAAAUAGGAUGCAUAUGCGACCCGGUUGAAUAUUGGAGAGGCACAACGUUUACCACCAUACAUUCAGAAUCAAUCGGCCCAAAUUAUAAUCUGUACAUUAUUUGAAAUAGGAGUAUGUGGAUUUGCCACGGUCCAUUUGAAGGCCAAGUUGGUCGAAAAUGAAUCAUCUUUUAUCCACAUACGACCUCAAAGUGGUAUGUGCUAGGUGUGCCAUCAGAAAAAAUGAAAUCACCUACACACUACAAUCUGUUGUUCACCAGUGCACCAGCAAUGUCCUCCUGGCCAGAGCUAAAGGCUCCCGCCAAUGGAGGCACAUUUCUCGACGUCCAGAAUUCCCAAGGCCAAGUAAAUACGAUGUGUGCUGGCACUUUGUGGAGGGCUCUGGCUGCACCGUGCAUUACAACCGCUGCACCUUUGCUCGGAGCCUGGAGGAGGCCGCGGUGUGGAACUUUGAGAAGGAGCAGGGGCUGGACCACAUCAGCCUCUGUAUUCUCCUAGAUCGGACCAACGCCGGCGGCCUGGACAGAGCUGCGCUCGGACAAGGUCAGCUAGAAUCUUUUGCGAGAAGCACGGAAGAAGCCUGCUUAUGGAACUUUGGAAGAAACACGAAUAUGGACAACAGCGCCAUAUUACAACGCAUGAAUUCUAGGCAUUCCCUGACGCCAGAAGACACGGCGAGGAACAUACUAAAAGAGUUCUCCGGAACAUUCCUUGAGCUGUGCCAGGCCUGUUUCCUCAGCAGUCCUCAGAGGGUGACGGUGCAGCGCGGCGAUGGGGCCUGCUCUGCUGCAGCCCCCGGGGCCCACGCCUGGAGGCCCGUCCUGGUCCAUCAUGUGUCGGGCCGAGGAAAGGAGGUCUACCACGCGGUGCGCCCGCUUCCCCCGGGAUGCACCUUUGAGUACUGCAGUCACGUCAUCCAAGGAAAGCCCUGCUGGCACGAGGCCCUGCGCUGCAGCGCGGCCCAUAGCGAGUUGGAGAUGGCGGUGUGGCAGGCAGAGAGCGGCGAGCUGGCCGCCCCAGUCCGUCCCCUGCUCCUUCGGUUGAGCCAACAGCAGCAGCAGCAGCAGCAGCAGAAGCAGAGCGAUGGACGAGGAGGAGUCUUCUACUGUAAAGCCUGCCUUCUGACCCUAUCCUCCUCCGAGAGGUUCCUCAAGCACUGCGCCUCACCGGAGCAUGCCCAGAUAAUCAGCGGUGACUCCAGCACUCAGUGGGAGACCCGCCCACCACCACACAACCACAGAGAGGACUUUGGUCUCUGCGCCAAGCUAAACACCUGUGAAUACGGUGACAGGUGUGUAAAAGCUCAUUCUGAGGAGGAACUAAGAGAGUGGCACAUGCGCACUAAAGAAGAAGAGGAGAUCAGCGCUAACAUCGAUGCUCAGGGCCUCAUGUCCUACGCUGAAAGUUUCCGGAAAGAAUACACGCGUUGUUCCAAUGAAGCAGACACCAUAUCAGAAUAUUUAGAGGAUGUCAGCAUUACUUGUGAAGAAGAUCUGUCAGUGGAGAACGAGACAACGGAUUUCAAAUUUCAGUGGCACUUCGGAGUUGACACAGAGAGGCGACUUCAGCACGUGGCACUUCUGAAGAACCAACCAGGAGCGUCUUUUUCCCUAAGUGCGAUCACUUCUGAAAGCGUUUGCUCCUAUUCCUUGGGGAAGAGGUUCCAGAACACAGAUUCGCAAACCUACAACAUCACAGUGUUCUUUACGUCGGCUGUUCCAGGUCUCUAUGAACAGUGGCUUGUGUUGGACUUUGAUAUGAGGCCUGUGCUCCUGCGAAUUCUGAAGGUGACGGUAGGGGCGGGUUCUCAGGCUUUCACAGAGGAACCCAUUGCGGGCUGCGGGGUAUCUCUACAGCCUCUUGAACGUUGGCAUCCAGAAAACAAGGUGAUAAUUCCAUGUGUGGAACGGACGGAGGAUCAAGAUGAACUACUUAAGAAGUACAAGCCUCCCCAGACAGUUUUUGGCCGUCUGCCUGUGUGUGACAGCCAGACACCGUGGAAUGCUGACAACUACAGGGAGAAAAUGCACAACUUCCUGUACAGAGAGGAACAGGCAGAGAACGAGCUUGUUUCAAGAAUUGGAAUUCGUGGAGAGAUGACUACAUCCGAAAGUUUUCCAACAAAAGAAUUGUUCGGCACUGUCUUGGCUCCUUUUAAUCUCACUCCAGACACUCCAGAGGGAUGUGUACUCAAACGAAGCAUUCAGACUGGUCUCAUAGCACCAUCAUUUCCAAAGGAUCACGGCUCCAAGGUCUACGAAGCCAUCGUACUGAAGGACACUGCCAAUAACAAAAUCAAUUUAAAACUUUCCAAAAGAUGCUGCUCAGACCUUCAACUCAAAACUGGUGAAACACACCAAAUGGAGUUGCAGUUUCAGUUAGAUCGUUUUUCCUUCUGCGUGAUGCACAAGGCAAUAGACCGGCUUCCAGAUACCAACAUGGUCUUGCCAGACCUUGAUAACUGUGAAGUGCCUUUGAACAGUCCUCGAUGCCAUCACUUGAAUGUCAAACAGCAGGCUGCAGUUGACUUCAUUAUAGGCAAGUCAGAUCCCAAAAGAGGUGUGGCACCACUACUCAUUUAUGGACCAUUUGGGACUGGAAAAACCUUCACCCUUGCAACAGCAGUCAGAGAAAUUGCCCAGGAUCCUCAAAACAAAGUGUUGAUCUGCACCCACACCAACAGCUCUGCAGACCUGUAUGUCAAAGAUCACUUCCAUUCCUUCAUCAUCAACGGAGACCGUAAUAUAAAGCCAAUAAGAAUAAAGACAAAUCGACAUUCAUCUCUAAAGAACACUGACGAAAUCACAUUGAAAUAUUGCCUGCUCUCUGAGGGUAGAACCCACUUUCUGUCCCCUACAAAGAAGGAACUCGAUUCUCACAAAGUAGUUAUCACAACAACAACAAUGGCGAAACGUUUUCAUGACCUCAAGCUGCAAGAGGGAUACUUCACCCACAUUUUAAUCGAUGAGGCAUCCCAGAUGCUGGAGUGUGAAGCGCUGAUCCCCCUUGGGCUAGCUGGGCCCAGCACCAGAGUUGUGUUAGCUGGAGAUCAUAUGCAGAUGGGACCAAAGCUCUUCUCUGUGGACGAUCACCAACGAUCGGAUUACACCCUUCUCAACAGAUUGUUCCAUUAUUAUCAGCGCCAUAGCAGUGAAGUUGCCCAGAAGAGUAGAAUCCUGUUCAACGAAAACUACCGCUCGACCAAAGAAAUAGUAGAGUUUGUAUCCACUCACUUCUACGUUGGCAGGGGGGAAGUCAUAAAGUGUGGCAAAACAGUUCCAGCUGGGCCGAAUGACAACUCCAUCAAGUUCCAUCAUGUACAGGGAGACUGCCAGCUGAACCUGCAUUCAAUGUCAUGGUCUAAUAAUGCAGAGGUUAACAAGGUUGUUGAAGUCCUGGAAGACAUUUUACAAGGAUGGCCCCAUACCUGGGGGGCCAGGGAUCCAAGCUCCAUCUGUGUUCUAUCAGAGGGGUGGCAGGUUAAGAUAAUCAGGACAGCACUUUGGAGAAAAAAACUUGAAAAGGUUCUUGUUGAGAAUUUCGCAAAUGUCCAAGGUAAAGAAUUCAGGGCAGUCAUAAUAACCUCUGUGCAAACACGUGAGAGCCUGAAGACAGCUCACUUGCCUGGCAUGGAGCUGUUCAAUGAUGCCCGCGUCUUAAACACAGCCAUGACCAGGGCUCAGUCCCUGGUGGUGGUCGUAGGAGAUGCUACUGCCCUCAGUUACUUUGGAAAAUCCUCAAGAAUAUGGAAAUGUUACAUAGAUCACUGCAUCCGCAAGAACAGUCUUGAACCAAAACAUUUCACCAAAGAUUUCUUUGAAAAAGAUAUUGAAGAAAUGGCAAGGUUUCGAAGGCCUGAGCCCCCUGAGAGCUUUGAUGACACGGAUAUGAUCCUUCAACAGCUAAAGGACGAAUAUGACCAGUGUGAAACAGACUCAGAUCAAGACAAUUUGGAUGAUGGGCCAAAUGAUGGUGUGAAAUAUUCACACAAUGAAACAAUGGGUAAGACUAACCAUUUGCAGUUAUGUAAAAGCCAACCAGCUAUUUACAAGCAUGGACAGUUGGUCAUGGGGUCAAGUAACUCCGGAUAUAUCAUACAAUUUGACAAUCCAACCCAACACAUACACCUCAAAGGAAGGAAGAACUUGGGCCAUGCGUUCAAUGGAGAUGAAGUUGUCGUUAGAUUAUCCUCUGAUGACACUGAACAGCACAGGGUGGUAGACAUUAUCAACGGUGCAGAUUCAAAAAGAGUAUUUGUGUGUACAAUUGAGGAUCCAGAACAAUACAAAGAAAAAUCUAAAUUCCUCAGAAAGAUCAUGGUGCCCAUUGUUAGAAAUAGCCCCAAAAUCUGUACAUUGAUCCUGAGGAAAUAUUGGAAGUGGCUUACAGUAUGGAAGCACACUGAUGGUGGUUGGAAAAUUGACGAAUAUCGCGAAAUUGAUGAACAUCUCAUACAAAAUCACGUUUUCAUGGUGCAGGUGAUAUGCUGGAAAGAUGGUCUAACAUUUCCUUUGGGUAGAGUGAUCAAAAUUCUUCCAAUUGACCAACCAAGGUCUUUGGAGGUUGGACUAAGGAUUUUGAACGAGGAAUUCAAAGUGACCACAUUUGAUUCUCAUAGCAGCCUGGAUAAAGUGGGGAGGUCAACUGCAUGUAAGGAUAGAGUGAAUCUUUGUGGAAUAAUUACCUUCACUGUCGAUCCACUAAAUGCCAGCGCCUUGGACGAUGCCAUCAGCAUCAGAGAUGAGGGGGAACAGUAUGAGUUGGGAGUUCAUAUCGCAGAUGUGGCAAGUUUUGUGUCACCUGGUUCCAUUUUAGAUGAAGAGGCAAGACAAAGGGUUGCCACAUAUCACAGGUUGCAAAAAGAACAACGUCCCAUGUUCCCUGAAGACCUGAUCAAGGAAUUAAGUCUUCUAUUUGACGAAAAGCCAAGUCAACGAGAUGUCAUCUCAUUGAUUGUGAAAGUCAACAAGGAAACAAAUGAGAUAGUUGGAAAACCAACCUUUCAGCUAUCUGUGAUCCAGACAAAUGUAAGUCUUUCCUAUGAAGCUACUGAGGAUAUCAUAUGUGGAAGAAAUCAACGUAUAUAUCAAGAUGUAGAAGUAAGAAGUAUCAGAAUGGCUUAUCAUUUUGCAAAAGCUCAAAGAAAGAUCAGACUUCGGGACUGGGCUUAUGCUGCAAAUGAUAAAAAUCGUCAACCAGGGAAGAGAAAAGCCCAUUUGAUGAUUGAGGAGCUAAAUGUCUUGUUCAAUUUUGAGGCAUCUAAGAUUUUGACCAGCACAGACGGUACUAAAGACCUCACACCAUUGCGGUGUCAAGCUCCACCUAAGCCUGAGCAGCUGGAACAAUUCAAGAAAAGACACAGAGAGCUUGUGCCCCUAUCUUUCCAUGUAAGGAACAAAGUUGGACACAAUCAAAAUGUUGCAGAAGCCCAAUAUUUGGCUGAUGGCAAGAGCUUUCAUGUGCUAACAAAGGUAUGGAAUGACAUCCAGGCAGCGACCAGAGAAGGAAGUGACAUAGACAAAAUAGUUGACCUGAUUGCUGCGGAUGACAUACACCCUCAGCUAAUACCAGUACUGAAAGAUUUUAAAGAGUGCCUAGGGAAAGCAUAUGUCAUUCGCUCCAAAUCUUCUUCCAAAGCAGAGGUUGGGCACUACAGUCUGAAUCUAAAGUCUUACACACAGGCCUCCUCACCAAUUCGAAGGUACAAUGACAUUGUGUUGCAACGGCUUUUGCACACACUCAUUUGUGGGACUCCAGUUGAUUAUUCUCCCAGAGAAAUUAACAUGUUGUGUGAAGAGUUUCAACAGAGAACAAAGACUGUAAAUGACUACGAAAAAAAGGCUGAAAUGAUUAACCUUGCAAUGAACGUAAAGAAACAUAAUGUCUCAAAGCUAGCAAUUAUUGUGCGAACAGACAAAGAAAGUGAAUGUUUCAAGGUUUCAUUUCCUUUUGACAAGGACGUCUUCCCAGAAAGUCUACCAAUCAUGUAUACAGACUUACAACUGGAUGACCAACCGGUUUAUGACAAAGGAAGUAAGUGCAUGACCCUUAAAUGGAAAAAACGAGUCUACACAUUUGCCAAUGUAAAAAUCAGAAAAGACAUGAAAAGGCUGACAAAUAGUGGCUGCUGCACAGAGAUACCAGCUUCAACAUGGAAAGCCAUUGUUGAGGCAGUUGAAAACGAAAGCUGGACGGAAAUGAAGACUCUCAUAUUGGGAGCAGAAACAAAGAAACUGGAAGAUACCUGGAAACGAAACCCCAGUAAGAAGUCUGACCUCACUGCUAGCCCAUGCACAUCCGAUGAACAACAUUACAUUGACCUUGAGGUCCAACUGAAACCAGGUGACAUCCUUCAGCUCCAAAUUACAUCAGAGGUAGCAAGAGGUUACCUGACACCAACGGUUCAAUUGAUGUCCCUCAACGACAAUUUGGAGAUUUGCAUCGACCAUGCACACAGCCCCAUUACUGCUUUCUCCAAACUUGCAAUAUCUCGUACCAAGGGAAAAUACUUGAACCCUGCUGUCUACAUUUCAGUAUGGGAGCCAUUGUGCGAUAUGGAGUCUGCUGAGACAGCAGUGUGUGAAGGGGACAGUAUCAUUAUUGAGGACUUGGUGGUGAACUUCCAUCGAGAGCAUGGAUCCACUCAAUGGAAAGGAAGCUUCAAUCUCCCGCUCAUACAAAUUAAGGAAUGGGCCAUUGGAUGCGAUCUUGACGAGUGCUUGUUGUGCAUACGGAGAAGUGGUUUGAAGCCAGCUUCUAAGCUAGACCAUUCCAAAGACGUGGACCCAAGCACUUUCACAUGGGUUGCUCAUGGAGUCACAGUGAAAAAAGGGAUGAAUACUAAAAAGACAAGAAGAGUGGAUUUCAAUGUUAAUCACUUGCCCAUGGACUUUGUUCCAGACUGUGUCUUUCAAAAAGACACCUGUUUCACAGUGGAAUUAAUCCCUAAGCUGUUGCCCGACAUACGUAAAACAAAUGCAGUCAGACACAUUGCGUCUGCAUCUGACCUUGUUCAGAGUAUAGCACUUGGGAGGAGCCUUCCAAGAGAGGCCUUCCAGAACACUGUGCAGCAGUUUGAGGUCAGGAGACUAGAGCCACCAAUAGGACUACCAAAACUGAAUGAGACUCAAUAUCAGGCUGUUGAGAAAGCUCUCGAUAAGAAUUUCACGGUUAUACAGGGGCCCCCUGGCACUGGAAAGACAGUGGUGGGUGUGUACAUUGUGUUCUGGUUCCACAAUCUAAACACCAGAACCAACAGAAGAAACACUGACCAUGCCGAGCAGGGAAAGAAAGAUGUUAUUCUCUACUGUGGUCCUUCCAACAAGUCUGUUGACGUUGUCGCUGAGUACUUGUUGAAAUUUGGAGACAAGUUAAGGCCGCUGAGAGUUUACAGUCAACAAGUUGAGAUGCUGGACUACCCUUACCCUGGCAGCAGUCUUCAGUUAUCUCACGCUGCUCUUCGCCAAGAGCGCUCCAUACCACAACUCCGGAGCAUCACCCUGCAUCACCUCAUGCGAGAGGACCACAACCCCUUUUCAGCAAAAAUAAAAGAGUUUGACCAAAGAAUAAAACGUGCCCUUCAGAAAGAGGCAGAAGAACUGACCGAUGCUGAGGUGGAUGAUUACAAAGACCAUCUCAAAAAGGCUCGGGAACAUGAGUUUAAACGACAUGACAUCAUAAUUUGCACUUGCACAGCCUCCUCCUCGCGGGGUCUGACAAAAGCAGUCAGCGCCCGCCAGAUCGUCAUCGAUGAAUGUGCAAUGGCCACCGAACCACAGGCCCUCAUUCCGUUGGUUUGCAACAAACCAGAAAAGGUCGUUUUUCUCGGUGACCACAAACAAUUACGACCUAUAACCAACAAUAAGCUUGUAGGAAAUUUGGGCAUGUCGACGUCUCUGUUUGAACGUUACUGUACCAUGCAGAGCGAGUUAGUAAUCAUGCUCGUCACUCAGUACAGAAUGCAUGAAGAAAUAUGCCAGUUCCCAUCCGAAGCAUAUUAUGAAAAUCGUCUCAUCACUGCAGUGAUGCCGCCAAAGAGUGUUCUGCUCAUCGACAAGAAGCCAAAGACAAUUGUUUUUGGACACAUCAACGGAACGGAAAUCAAUCUGGUUGUGAGCACAAAAAAAGGGAAUCAGAACUCCCAAGCAAAUGUUGCAGAGCAAGAGAAAGUGGUGGAAAUUGCUGAAAGUCUGGUGAAGAAAGCCAAGGUGGAGCAGGAAAGUAUUGUGAUUCUGUCACCUUACAAUUCCCAAGUGUGGGGAAUAAAAAAUCUUCUGCAAAGGAAGAAACUGAGCAGAAUCCUGGUUUCCACCAUCUCCAAAAGCCAAGGAAGUGAAUGGCGUUAUGUCAUCUUAUCCACCGUGCGGUCUCUCCCAACUGAGGAGAUUCCAAAGGAUGCGGGCCGAGAGUGGCGAUCAAAACAUGUGGGCUUUGUGGGCGAUCCAAACCAGAUAAAUGUUGGCAUCACCAGGGCCAAAGAGGGGUUGUGCAUCAUUGGAAACCAAGAGCUGCUGGAAUGCAGUCCAGCAUGGAUGAAGCUCCUCAAAUACUACAAUGCAAAGAAUUCUGUCACCACAGCAGAACGUAUUUCUGUUGCAGCGAAAUAGCUGCUUGCCUGUUCUAUGCCCAGUCUUACUUCAAGCAUCCUCAAAAGGAUACCCCAAGAUUCUGUGAAUCAGAGUUUGCCUUUCUUACCCAGAUUCAGACGAGUUGUUUCAUUUAAAAUUCAUCAAUCCCUUACAGCAGACUCAUUGUGCUUGCUGUGAGGGGAAAACAUGCUGAAUAUCCUUCCAAAGCAUACCAAUGUGUUCCAAAUAGUCGCUUGUUAAAAAUGAGUGCCGGUAACUACAACAAGAUUGUAGUUUGUCCUCAAACAUAAAUAAUUCAGCCCUAUUUUUGGCACUGUUAUUAUGAGGCUGGCACUCGAUGUAGUUUCCUGAAUCAGAAUUUAGAUUUACAUCAAAUGUCUGAUGACAGGCCAGACUACACCCUUGCUUCAGAAGAGUUACCGGGACCUGUCUGCAUAAGCGACAAUGCCAAGGCGGUGAGCACCAACUGGAGACUCUGCUACAGCCCUGUCACCGGAGUGCAGCCACAGCUAAUAGUAUUGGAGGUCUGAUUUAAAAUAUGCCAUCCUAGUGCACACACAAACUAAACCUUUACUGCGUCCGGCAGGAAGACAAGCUAAGACGCCCCAUCCGGACACCAAAGUCCAUAGACAAAGGAUAUAAAUCAAACCAGUGCAGUAGGCUGGCCAGGGUAGAAAUACAUUUGUUAAAAUGUUCUUCUGAAACCUCAAUCUUGUCACUCACAAAUGCAUUUCUCUCAGAAUCUGGACAAAUACUGCUGUAAUAAAACAGGAAACCGUCUCCCCCUAGAAGUUUGGCUAUAGCAUCGUCGAACGUCUGGAGCCAGCAGCUGAUAAUAUAAUUGGAUCGCAGGUAGCCCAAUAUCAGUGACGAAAAAUAGCGCUGAACUAAAAGUGUGUUUGUGGACAAACUACAAUCUGGUUGUGAUGUUAAUGGCUUGUUUUUAUUCAGAACACAUUGGAAAUCUUUGGAUAUAUAAUUAUAACACUGCAAGUCAAUGGAUUGAGAAAAUUAUAAUUUAGCAAACUCCCCUUCUGGAAGUCAAAGGAUGAAUAUUUAAUAAAAAAAACUUGUCUGAAUCAGGGUAAGAUGCCAAUGACAAUUAUCAGAUAUCUCGUCGUAUCCCUUUAAUUUUUACGAAAUGACCUGCUAGGUUUUCCUUAUUAAAGCAACUCGUAUAUAGUUAAAGCGAAGAAUUUUUUGGUUUCUUCACUGAAAUAACAGGACAAUAAUGCAUUUAAAUAUACAUAGUAGUGUUCAACGAACCACUUAAUGGUGGAUGAUUUCGAGUUUUAUUUGCUGAUUAUUGGAAAUGUUUUUAUUACUACAAUUUUAAGAUACAUUAUUUUUUAUGUUUCUAUGUUAUUAUGUUUAUUUCUGUAUACAAAAAUAUUUUUUUCCAAAAUUAGCUUGACUUUACGUGUUUGAGCUGUGAAUUCAUGUUUUCAAUGGGACCACUUAUUACAUUAAAAAAUAUUGCAAUAUUUGUAUUUUCUUUCUAUGCAGACAAUUAAUUUGUAACUUUUUUUUUUAUCAAUUUUUUUAAAUUUAACCUAUACUUUAGUAAGACAAAUUAAGUCUUAAUUAUCAAUGAUCAUGGCACAUGUUGCAUACUAUUGUGUAUUUCCAGAGGACCAUAUUUAAUACUGUAUGCAUUUUUUCAUCCAUAUUGAUUACUUUGAUAAUUUUUGUUUAUAUAUCUCUGCUUAUGGUUGUGAAGACUUUUUAGGAAUCAUGCCUCAGUAAAUUGACCUUAUUUUUACGUUUUUAUGUUAUUAUGUUUGUUUCUGUAUACAAAAAUAUUUUGUUCCAUAGUUAGCUUGACUGGACGUGUUUGAGCUGUGAAUUCAUGUUUUCAAUGGGACCACUUAUUACAUUAAAAAAUAUUGCAAUAUUUGUAUUUUCUUUUUUUCUCAUUUGUAACUUUUUUUUUAAUAUAUUUUUUUACAUUUAACCUAUACUUUAGUGAGACAAAUGAAGUCUUAAUUAUCAAUGAUCAUGGCACAUGUUGCAUACUAUUGUGUAUUUCCAGAGGAGCAUAUUUAAUACUGUAUGCAUUUUUCAUCCAUAUUAAUUACUUUGAUUAUUUUUGUUUAUAUAUCUCUGCUUAUGGUUGUGAAGACUUUUUAGGAAUCAUGCCUCAAUAAAAUGAAUUGUCAUCAUA